GCCAGCAUCGCAUGAUAGAGUCACACGCCACUCUUCUCUUAUCGAGUCCGAUGGAGGAAGUCGAAGGAACAGAGGUCAACUGGUUUGACGAUUUUGACUGUUCUCAGUUGGAGUUGUUGAGGGAGCUGCAGGCUCAGGAGAGCCCUCGGUUCAUGGAAUCCCAACCUGAUGCGCCACAUGAAUCGGUCAUCGACAAGCUCAUCUCUGCUCUCUAUUCCAACCCAGCGAUCGGCGACGUAGAAAGCGCACUCUCUGUGACCUUUCAGAACGGCGACUCCCAUGGCCGGUGUAAUUCUCAACCCAUGUAUGCUCACAUGCAUCUCUUCUUCUUCUUCAUUCUAAUGCUGUCAUGCCAUGUUAGAAUCUUCAGCUAGAUAACUUGGCCCCUUUUGCUUGCAGAAUUUGCUCACCGGACAAGGGUCUGGGAAGGAUGGAUCACAAGUUCACAAUCAGAAUCAAGACCUGUGAGAAUGGGCUUGCUGAUGAUGGUUACAAAUGGAGGAAAUAUGGGCAGAAAUCCAUCAAGAACAGCCCCAAUCCAAGGAGCUACUACAGGUGCACCAACCCGAGAUGCAAUGCCAAGAAGCAGGUGGAGAGGUCCAUGGAAGAUCCAGAGACGCUCAUCGUCACAUACGAGGGCCUCCACCUCCACUACACCUACUCACACCUCCUCCUCAGUGGGUCGUCGCAGUACUACUACUCCGACACCGACCUCCACGUCGCGAAGAAGCUCAAGUGCCACUCCAUGGCGGAGGUCGCGGACGCACCGGCGCAACCCCCAACACGGAGCACAUCGACGAUCGAGCCUCGCAGGUUGCAACCUGCAGCGGAUGGAGCAGUACUUCUGGGAAGUGCUGAUGCGAGUCUGCGGCAUGGACUUCUUGACGAUGUAUCGCGGAGCUCAGAAGGACUCCUGGAAGAUGUUGUGCCGUUGGUGGUGAGAAAGCCAUGCAACUCCACCACCUCGUCCUUCGACGCUUUUCCUUCAUCCCCGGCAUCUUCUCCAUCCUACUCUUCCCUGCCAUUAACCACCAACUCUUCUCACCUAGAUCUGGGUACUCUCUCCACCAUCAUGUGAGUACCAACCUGGUAGGACAGGAACAGUUUUAACAUUGUAUGGGUACCCACUAUAAUGAAUUGAUAAUGCACGAUAUCUA